UCCAUUGAGGUUGCCUCCUCUCCAAAGCAACCUACAUUAAUUAAAAAGAUUAAAAAGAUAUACUCAUAUACGUAUCCUCCAAACAAAUAUUGGCCAAAGUUUUUUUGCAUUCUGCAUCUGAAACUAUAUCUCAUCAUUAUAUCUCACAUGGACGACGAGGAGCGCAGAGACAUCACCAAACAACCUUCCCAAAGAAUCCCUUUCAACUGCCUAGAACAAGUCAGCUCGGAUUUGGUUCUGGCAAUGGCUUUGCAGGAACAAGAAACAUCCUUCGCCAUGCUCGACACCAUCGAGAGUGAGAGCGAGGAAGAAAAUGAUGAUGAUUCCUAUAAUAACGGCGACAAUACUCAUUUCGAAUAUGAGUUCUUCCAGAGAAGCGGAUAUGAUGUACCUGAGUUGGAGUUCAUAGAAGAUGAUGAGGAAAGUAGCAGUGAAGAUGCGGAUGAAGAAGAUAUGGAGGGGUUGGAUGUUGAUGAACUGACAUAUGAGGAACUGAUUGCAUUGGAAGAGUUCAUCGGAGUAGAGAAAAGAGGCCUUCCCAUGAACGAGAUUUCUUCGUGUUUGAAUCCAUUUGUUUGCAAAUCAUCAGGAGAGGAAAACAGAAUUUGUAAUGGUAUUGAUCGGUGUGUGAUAUGUCAGGUUGAGUAUGAAGAUGGUGAAGCUCUUGUUGCUGUGCUUCCUUGUGAACAUCCUUACCAUUCUGAGUGUAUUAGCAAAUGGCUUCAGAUUAAAAAGUGUUGCCCAAUUUGUAGCACCGAAGUAAUUUCCUCAUCAACCAAGAAAAUUUAGCUUGUUAAUUUAAUUAGGACUUUGUAAUUUCUCUCUUUUCAAUUUGUGUUGGGUUUGAUUGUUGAAAAAGAAAAGAAAAAAAAAAAACAAAAUUGUUAAGCAACAAGAUUUAAUCAAUUUGUACAGCUCCCAUAUAAUAAAAAUGAAUUAUGCUUAUAA